CAGCAUCCACUGAGCAAGGUAACGUGUGUGCAAGCAAGAGCAGGGUAAUUCUUGCUACCUGCUCUGCAGCUAAAGGGAUCUGUCCUCCUGUCAUCUGUCUGCUAUUGGAUUUACCUGGAGAACAAGCACAGGAUAGAAAGGGUGAUUUUAAGGAAGCAAAAGAGUGACAGAAGGAGGCAACCAUGGCCCGGCUGAACUGGUGUCUGGCAGCAGUGAUUAGCUGGGGGAAGUUCCUCUUCUCUUGUUUCUUUCCGUUGAGAGCAGCUAGGAGAGAUAAGCCAGAAGAUUUUGAAGCCGUUCAUUCCCACACCUUCAAGGCUAAGACCUUUAAAAAGGCCAAGAGUUGUGCAGUAUGCAAGCAGGCUUUGACGAAGGAAGGCCUGGUCUGCAAAGAGUGCAAGUUGUCCUGCCAUAAGAAAUGUGAGGUAGCCACAGCCUGUGAAUCUACAGCUACUACAACGACGACAACUACUGCAACUAACUACAAUCAGGGAUCCACAAAGUCUCCCAAUAUAGACUCCAAACGAAGGCCAUCCAGGACCCUAAGUUUGAUGCAAAAAAUGGAGGAAAAUAAUGAAGUGGACCUGGUCUACAUCACAGAGCGCAUCAUUGCUCUGUCCUUCCCUGAUGGAACAGAGGAGAGUAAAUACAGUGUGCACCUGAGGGAAGUGACCAGCAUGCUCCGUUCUAAACACCAGCAGCAUUAUCUACUGCUUAAUCUUAGUGAACGGAGACAUGACAUCACCAAGCAGAACCCAAGGGUGCUGGAUUUUGGUUGGCCCGAUCAUCAUGCUCCUGCUCUAGACAAAAUUUGCAGUAUCUGUAAAGCCAUGGACACCUGGCUUAAUGCAGACCCUCACAAUGUGGUGGUACUGCACAACAAGGUAAUCAUAUCUGGCCUUGGGCACCCAAUCUCCACCUCCUUCGCCUUGCAUGACUGACCAGACUGACAUGAUGUCACUGUAAAAAAACUAAAUCAGUUGCUACCUUAAAAUUUAAU